AAACACCCUUCUACAGUUUUUCUCUCUCUUUUGAAACUGGUAACAAAGGGAAAAGAAUAUGAUAAAGUUAUGGUUUACUUUUGAAAAAGGGUGAACAAUGAGUGGCCUAAUUUACGGUAUUCAUUUCAUUAUAUAGAUUUGUGCUCUUUCCUCACUGUUUCCACACAUUGAUUGCAUUCCUCUCUUUCAAUAUCAGUAUCAACCCUUCUUCAUCGUUCUCUUAAACUCAUGGCUAAGUUUGAGUCAGUGCCAUUUGCUGUUUCAUCAAAUCUUGUUCACAGGCUAGCUUCCCCAGAUUUUCUUGAAUUUGGACAGCAGUAUGGUGUGAUGGAAGAGUUGGAAGCCCUUAAGAAGACAAUUGGAUCUAUCAAUGAUGUGCUCCUUGAUGCUGACCACAAACAAGAUCAAGUUCGCGUGCGUAAUUGGAUAUCUGACUUCAAAGAAGUACUCCAUGCUGCAGAUGACUUCUUAGAUGACCUUGCUAUCGAGUUUAGGAGAGACAAACGGGAUGCAGCAGAAGGAAAAGAAGCAAACAAGGUACUUCUUUCCAUUUCAUCUUCAAAUCAAUUUCCUUUGUACAGUGAAAUGCCUGACAAAAUUAAAGAAAUACGAGAAAGUUUUAACGAUGUAGUAGAAGACAUGGAUAAAUUGAAUUUAAGCCCAAGUUCUGUGCUGGUUAAGCAAACUAAUAGUGAAUGGAGGGAAACAUGUUCUUUCGUGUUAGAAUCUGAUAUCAUUGGGAGAGAUGAUAGUAAAAGGGAGGUUAUUAGUCUGUUGAGACAUCCGAAUGAAAACCAAAAAGUUUCUGUGAUUGCCAUCGUUGGCCUCGGUGGCUUGGGUAAGACAACUCUUGCUCAAUUGGUGUAUAAUGACUUGGAAGUGCAGAAUUUAUUUGAAAUGCAAAUGUGGGUGUGUGUAUCUGAUAACUUUGAUGUGAAAACUAUUCUGAAGAAAAUAUUAGAAUCAAUCACGGGCGACCAAGUUGAACUAUCAUUAGGCAACUUGCAAAGAAAACUUCAUGAAAAAAUAAGUGGUAAGAAAUAUUUGUUGGUACUGGAUGACAUUUGGAAUGAGAGACAUGACAGAUGGGUUGAAUUGAGAAAGUACUUGAUGUGUGGCGCUCAAGAUAGCAAGAUUUUAGUGACAACUCGAAGUGAAAAUGUAGCAAAGGCAAUGUCUGCUUGCACUUCCUAUCGUUUAGAAGGUUUGACUGAUGAAGAAUCUUGGAGUUUGUUGAAGAGCGUUGCAUUUGAGGACGAUUUCAAAGGAGUGAAUCGAAAUCUAGAAUCAGUGGGUAAAGAAAUAGCCAGAAAAUGUAAAGGGGUUCCAUUGGCAGUUAAAACCUUGGGAGGCCUGUUACGAGGACAAAAUGAAGAAAGUGAUUGGGAGAAUGUUUUACAUGGUGACUUCUGGAAAUUAUGUGAAGAGCAAGAUAGUAUCAUGCCAAUUCUAAAACUCAGUUACCACAACUUGUCGCCAGAAAUGAGACAAUGUUUUGCUUACUGCUCUUUGUACCCCAAGGAUUGGAUAAUUCAAAAGGAUGAAUUGAUUCAGUUAUGGAUGGCACAGGGUUACCUUAAAUGUUCAACCGAAAAACAGCACAUGGAGGAUGUCGGUAUUCAAUUUGUAAAGAUGUUUUUGAUGAACUCAUUUUUCCAAGAUGCAGCAAGUGAUAGGUACGGUGAGAUCAUUAGUUUUAAGAUGCAUGAUUUAAUGCAUGAUCUUGCGAUGCUAGUAGCUGGCAAUGAUUAUUGUUAUUUGGAUGGUAAGGCAGAAAAAGUUGAAGGUAGACCCAUGCAUGUAUCGUUGAAAUACGAUGCCAUUCAUUUGCUGAAAUCAUUAGAUCCGAGCAGGCUGCGAACUUUGAUUUUGGACGAUGACUUGGAAGAUUUGUCAAAGUUCAAAUACUUACGUGUCUUGAGGAUGGAUCAUCUCUCUGAUUCCACUGAACAUUUGAAGCAUUUAAGAUACCUUGAUUUAAAGCUACAAAGAAGAAGUCUACCCAAAUCUAUGAGCAAUCUUGUUUUCAUACAAACAUUAAAAUUGUGGAAGUGCGACGAAGAAUCAUUUUCGGAAGUAGUCACAAAAUUAGUCAAUUUGAGGUGCCUUGAUAUUGCUGAAUAUCACUCCAUGAUGGGUGGGAUGCCAGUUGGGUUGGGAAAAUUAUGCUCAUUCCAAUUCUUAUCGACCUUUGUUGUGGGAGACAGCCGAGAAAGAAAAUAUGGCACACUAAAUGAACUGAAGGACUUAAACCUCAGAGGCAAAUUAAGAAUUGAGCAUCUCAAUCGUGUCAGAGAAGUUUCCUUGGAAUCACAGCACGUAAAUUUAAAAGAAAAAAAUUUCCUUCAAUCCUUGACUCUGAUUUGGUCGGAUGAUCAUGGGUGGGAAGAUGAUAUCCUUAACAGUGACAGCUUGCAAUUAUUGGAAAACCUUGAGCCCCACCGUAAUCUUAAGCAAUUGGAGGUGAAGUUUUAUCCAGGCGUGCUUUUCCCAGAUUGGCUUUCUCUCCUCACAAAUGUUGUUGAGAUUAGUCUCUAUUAUCUUCGUAAUUGUGGCUGUCUCCCACAGUUGGAACGCCUCCCGUCCCUGAAGUCACUUCUGAUGAACUCUCUUGAUGAAUUGGAAUACAUAUAUCUAAACGAAGAUGAUUUUGCAGCAACCUUCUUCCCCUCUUUGGAGUGCCUCAAAUUAUAUAAUUGUCCCAAGCUCAGGGGAUGGCGGAGACGGGGAGAUGAUAUCAAUGAUUCACAUAAUCUCUCCUCUUUUCUUUCAUUUCCUCAUCUUUCUCAACUAAAUGUUUCAGACUGUCCACUGUUGACUUGCAUGCCAACUUUUCCAAACGCUAAGGAUUUAGGAUGGCUUAAAUGCAGUGCAGAACCAUUAAUAGGAACACUGAACAUAACAGAGUCAACACGUUCAGCUGACUCAUCUUCCUCUGCUGCUCCUCUUUCCAUGCUCAAAGAAUUGAUGAUUUCCGAUCCUAUGAAUUUACCAAAGGGUUGGAUGCAAAAUCUGACUUCUCUAGAGUCUCUUCAAAUUAUAUGGUGUGAAAGUGAAACACUUGAGGAAUUUGAAACUGGGUUUAAGGUUGACACCAACUGCCUUCUGCGAAGAAUCGCCAUACUUAGGUGUAAAAAGCUAAAGGCUUUGCCAGAUUGGAUUUGCAACCUCUCGUCGCUUCAACGCAUCAUAUUGUGGGAUUGCCCAAAUCUGGCAUCGCUGCCCGAAGGAAUGAGUGGUCUUACCAACUUAAAGAUAUUUGAAGUGAAGAAUUGUUCCCUCUUAGUUAAAGAAUGUCGAACAGAGACAAGUGUUGUUAGUCGCCAAAUCGCACACAUCCCACAAAUCAACCUUCUUGGUUAGUGAUGAUAAAGGACAAAGGUUGCAACACAUGGAAACUGCAUUUACUUUAAUCACAAAGCAUGGUGGACUUAUAAAGGAUCAAAUGGUAUGUACCUGCUCAGAAUGAUGUAUCUACACAUCAACCUGCAUCUUUUCCAAUUGAUGUUAAGUUUUAUGCAUUUUAGCUUUUAUGCAUCUAAGAUUUAAGUGAUGCAAAUCUUUGUCUCAAGGCACAAGCUAUCUUCCACUCAUCAACCCUACCCAAACCUUCAAUUAUCUUCUGCUGACACUCAUAUAUGGUAUAAAACCUCUUUCUGUCAGCGUCAUUGCAAUAGAAUGAGACAGACAUUG